GGCUCCUUCCUCUCCCGCGAAUGUAUCGGAUGACGCCCCGCCCUUGGGCGCUCUUCCUGUUUUGGGGUCAGCAGUAGCAGAGGAUGGCCAAGGAAGGAGCGGGGGGAGGGCCCGACUGGAACGGCCUGCUCAAGUGGAGCCUCGCCCACGGCGGCGACGGCACCACCCCUUCGCGCGCGCUCAGCGAGGAGGACAGGAAAUGGUUCAUGGAGGCGAUGCAGGCGAAUACAAUCGAUGUUGUCGGCAGGAUGAAGGAGAUCGCCCAGGUGAUGAAAACCCCUGAUGAUGUGUUGCAGUCUCACGGCGUGACUACAGAGAACAUUGAAGAUAUGUUGGAUGAGUUACAAGAGCACGUGGAAUCCAUUGAUAUGGCAAAUGAUGUGUGCAGAGUAAGGGUCGCGGGAAGGAUCUGGCCGAAGAACGCCGAUGAACUUGCUCAGGGCGCCGACUUCGAUAAUAUUGUGGAGUUGCAGCCUGAGGUGAGACGUAGAGCAGUUGUACCAUCUCUACACAAAAGAUAUCUGUCAGUGAUGGUUGAUAAAGUAUUUUGUAAAUGUGCCGAGAGAUUAGUGGAAAAGCUUGAGACAUAUGCUUUGAGUGGUGAACCUGUUAAUAUGGAAGCGAGGUUUUCUCAAAUGACUCUAGAUGUGAUUGUGAACUGCAGGAGGAUGGGUGGAGGGCGGAGGGCGCGCUCACCGGUGCUCUGGCAUCAUGCUCGACGAGGAAGAGGGCUUGGCGUCGGGGACGUGAACCUGGCUGUGGCGUCGGAUGCAUGGCGUAGCUGGCGCAACUUCCUCUGGCCGCACGACGAGGCAUCUGGCCUCGCAGCGAGGCAUGGCCCAAACUCCAUGACAACUUUCUUCCUCGGCGGCAGAUGAACCCUGUUGUUCAUGAUGAGGAGAUCAACGCUGUUGUGUAUUUUAUCUAAUGGUUUCAAACCAUGUUGUUCAUGAUGUGGAGAUGAACCCUGUUGGUCAUGUAAGUUAGAUGCCUGGAUUGUGAAUCCUUGAAUGUUUCAAAAUGUUGGUUUCAAACCUAGAUUGCUUGGAAAUAUUGGUUUUAAACA